AUUAUAAAUCAAUGUCUCAAGCUUUGGGACUUCAGCAAACCACAGUGAUAGCCAUUAUCCACAAACUGCAUUCCAAGAGGAGUUCCAAGAUGAAAACCACUGCUGAACUCAAUUUUGCCAGAAAACAUUUUGAUGAUCCCCAAGACCUUUGGGAAAAUACUCUGUGGUCUGACGAGACAAAAGGUUACCUUUUUGGAAGGUGUGUGUCCCAUUACAUCUGGCAUAAAAGUAACGCCGCAUUUCAGAAAAAGAACAUCAUACCAACAGUAAAAUGUGGUGGUGGUAGUGUGAUGGUUUGGUGCUGUUUUGCUGCUUCAGGACCUGGAAGACUUGCUGUGAUAAAUGGAACCAUGAAUUCUGUCUACCAAAAAAUCCUGAAGCAUAAUGUCUGUCCAUCUGUUGGUGACCUCAAGCUGAAACCUACUUGGGUUCUGCAGCAGGACAAUGAUCCAAAACACACCAGCAAAUCCACCUCUGAAUGGCUGAAGAAAAACAAAAUGAAGACUUCGGAGUGGCCUCGUCAAAGUCCUGACCUGAAUCCUAUUGAGAUGCUGUGGCAUGACCUUAAAAAGGCGCUUCAUGCUGGAAAACCCUCCAAUGUGGCUGAAUGACAACAAUUCUGCAAAGAUGAGUGGGCCAAAAUUCCUCCACAGCGCUGUAAGAGACUCAUUGCAAGUUAUCACAGACGCUUGAUUGCAGUUGUUAUUGCUAAGGGGGGCCCAACCACUUAUUAGGUUUAGGGGGCAUCACUUUUUCACACAGGGCCAUGUAGGCUUGGAUUUGUUUUCCUCUUAGUAAUAAAAAGUUUCAUUUAAAAACUGGAUUUUGUGUUCUGUUGUGUUGUCAUUGACUAAUAUUUAAAUUUGUUUGAUGAUUUGAUGAUGCAAAAGCCGCAAAAUUCAACGACAGUAUUUCCAUCUGUCCCCCUGAAGCUGGUUCAUGAGGUCAAGGGAGUUGACUAAAUCAUCUUCUGCUUAAGCAGGGGAUCAAACACUUAAAGCAUUUCCCCCACUGUACAUGUACAAAAAGGUUCUGGAGUGUAACACUGCAAAAGUGUAAAAAGUUGAGUUCUGCCAGGAGAGAUUUGUGUUGUCAUGGUUACUACAAGCUUUCACUUGUCAUCUGGAGGCAGCACAUCAAUCAUCUGCAAACAUCUCAUCUCCUCGCCGACUGCAUUCCCUGCCCGGAAAUUGGAAAUGUGUAAAAAAACAAAAAAAACAAAAAAAAAAAAAACAAGGCGGUCGCCCAAGGAGGCAGGUACCGGCAAGCAAUGUCGUCCCGGGGGGAGGUCAGCGGCGAGCGAGGCGGACAAUGAAAAUGAAGUGCAUCAGAGCGACAUUGAGGAGGCAGCUUCAUUUCACGCCGCUUCCCACACACGCACGAGCUGAACCAGCGAGCCAGCAUCCAGAGAGAGAGAGAGAGAGAGAGAAGGAGGGAGGAGGUGGUUGUAGUGGGGGGGUUAGAGGAUGCUGGAAUCUCCCGCUCAAUCGCAAGCGCUUCAGCAUGUGACUUCGCCAUAGAUGAUCGCUCUGUCCUCCACCAUGUCUGACUGAAGCAGGAAGAAGGAUGUUCUCAGUGUCGCUCAAGUGCCGCUUAGGGGUCAUCAGGCGCCAAGCCAAGGAUGAUGGACCCUAUGGAAAGACUAAGGACGUCUCGGGACCAGAACACACCAUGGCUUCAAGGAGACACAGCAUACCAGAAGCGCUGCGGGGGGUGACCAUGGUGGAGCUGGUAAAGAAAGAGGGCAGCACGCUGGGCCUCACUAUCUCAGGAGGAACCGACAAGGAUGGAAAGCCGCGGGUGUCCAACCUGCGGCCGGGAGGUCUGGCAGCUCGGAGUGACCAGCUAAAUGUUGGCGACUACAUCAAGUCUGUCAACGGCAUCAAUCUGACCAAACUACGACAUGAAGAGAUCAUCAGCUUACUGAAGAACGUUGGAGAACGAGUCCUGCUGGAGGUGGAGUACGAGCUGCCCCCUACAGCACCAGACAGCAGCUCAGGCGUGAUCUCCAAGACAAUCGACAUCUGUUUGCACAAAGAGGGCAGCAGCUUUGGCUUCGUCACGCGAGGUGGGAUCCACGAGGACUGGCACAAGUCCCGCCCCCUGGUGGUCACCUACGUGCGACCUGGUGGCCCUGCAGACAGGGAGGGCACGCUGCGUCCUGGAGAUCGUCUCCUCACCGUGGACGGCGUGCCGCUGCACAACGCCAACCACAGUGACGCCCUCAGCAUUUUGGCUCAGUGUGGACAGGAAGCGCUAUUCCAAAUUGAGUAUGACGUCACUAUUAUGGACACGGUGACCAACGCCUCGGGACCGCUCCUGGUAGAGAUCGCCAAGUCGCCGGGUGCAACGCUGGGCAUCACACUGACCUCCGCCAGCCAUCGCAACAAGCAGGUCAUCGUCAUUGAUCGAGUCAAGCCCGGCAGUGUGGUGGACAGGUGUGGAGCGUUGCAUGCUGGAGACCAUCUGCUGUCCAUCGACGGGACGUCCACAGAACACUGCACUGUCCUGGAGGCCACACAGCUGCUGGCCAGCACCACUGAACUGGUCAAACUGGAGAUACUCCCGUCCCAUCAGACCCGACUUCCUGGGAAACAACAUGACACUGUGAAAGUUCAGAAGUCUGACCACCCACACUCCUGGGACCCCUGUGUGAACUUCUGCUCCUCCACAAACUCCACCCACUGCAACACGAGCUCCACCCUCCACAAAUCAUGGACCGCCUCCAACAACAACACCAUCAACAACAACCUCGACUACUGCAAGUCUUUGGUGUCGGCCGGUUUCUCUCCAGGGUCCACGACCACGUCGGGCCCCAGCAGUCAGAGCUCCAACACCCUCCCUAGGCAGACCGUCCCCAUGAGUCCCAGGAACUCGCUGCUCAAACGCAGACACAGAAAGAAAGACCACAAAAGCUCUUUGUCGCUGUCGUCAAGUUCUGUGGGUCCCGGUGGUCAGGUGGUCCACGUGGAAACCAGCGAGGUCAUCCUGACAGGUGACCCCCUUAAUGGCUUUGGCGUGCAGCUGCAAGGAGGAAUAUUUGCCACAGAAACCCUUUCCGCUCCCCCCCUCAUCCGAUUCAUUGAGCCCGACAGCUCAGCAGAGAGGUGCGGCCUGCUGCAAGUCGGGGACCGCCUCCUGUCCAUCAACGGCAUCCCCACAGAGGACGGCACCCUGGAGGAGGCAAAUCAGCUUCUCCGGGACGCGGCGUUGACCAAUAAAGUCGCCCUAGAAAUCGAGUUUGAUGUGGCAGAGUCUGUGGUGCCCAGCAGUGGAACUUUUCACGUCAAACUACCCAAGAAAAGAGGGGUGGAGCUUGGCCUCACCAUUAGUACCAAUAAGAAGGCAGGAGAGCCUCUCAUCAUCUCUGACAUCAAGAAGGGCAGCAUGGCCCACAGAACAGGAACGCUGGAGCCCGGCGACAAGCUGCUGGCCAUCGACAACAUCCGGCUGGAGAACUGCUCCAGAGAGGAUGCCGAGCAGAUCCUCCAGCAGUGCGAGGAGCUGGUCAAGUUGAAGAUCCGCAAGGACGAAGACAACUCAGACGAGCAGGAGACGUCAGGCAGCAUCAUCUACACGGUGGAGCUGAAGCGCUAUGGAGGCCCGCUGGGCAUCACCAUCUCUGGCACGGAGGAGCCUUUCGACCCAAUCACCAUUUCAGGCCUGACCAAGCGAGGCCUGGCCGAGAGGACAGGGGCUAUUCACGUGGGUGACCGCAUCCUGGCUAUUAACAGCGUCAGCCUGAAAGGUAAACCGCUGAGCGAGGCCAUCCACCUCCUGCAGAUGGCGGGAGAGACGGUCACUCUCAAGAUCAAGAAGCAGCUGGACAAUGCAGAGGAGAGGAAAGCAGCAGAGGCAGAGGACACAACUGAGAAUGAGCUCAGCGACCCUGAAGAUGAUCUGACCGACAGCCAGCAGACCAACAAACUGUCUGAGCUUUACUCUACCACCAUCCCCAGCGUGGACUCUGCCAUGGAGUCGUGGGAUGGCUCCGGCCUGGAUGCCGGCUACUGCAGCCAGGGCACCUACAGCCACCAGGCUUCAGCCGGCAUCGCCCUUCACCCUCACGAGUGGCGUAGCGCCAAGCAGCAGCACAGCACCACGCCUCCUCCUGGCUGCCGAAAGAACUAUCCCUUUAGUGACGGAGGCUUUAGUGAGGAUGAGUGGGAAAAACCCCCAAGUUUUGUUGGACAGUCGGAUGGAAUUCUGAUGGAGUCUGAUGACAGUUUCUGGUGUCAGGCUCUGGAGGACCUGGAGACAUGUGGCCAAUCGGAACUGCUCAGAGAAAUUGAGGCGUCCAUCAUGACGGGCACGGCCAUCAGUUUGGGAGUAGAUGGCGUCAGCAAGCCUCCACCUGACCCCAUCUUGAGCCACAGCAGGAUGAGCCCGUUGCGACGGAAUUCGCUCCUCCACCAGGGGCCGCACCUCCACCAGGGGGGGCACCUGCACGAGGAGCUGCACCUGCAGGAGGAGGCCCACCUCCACCAAGACCACAUGGAGGUCCACUUCAACCAGGACGACCUACUGCACCCGGGGGCCCACAUUCUCCAGGACAACAUGUCCUCUCUCAUGCACCACGAGCCCAAGCCCAAGGCGUCGUUGAGGGUGUCAGAAAGGACUUGGGAGUCUCGUCGCAUCAAAGAGGAGAUGCAAGGACUUCUGUCGCCGACGCCUUUGGAACUGCAUAAGGUGACUGUGAUCAAAGACCCCGAAAGUGACGACUUUGGUUUCAGCGUGUCGGACGGCUACCUGGAAAAAGGCGUUUAUGUCAACAUGGUCCGAUCUGAUGGACCCGCUGAUCGAUCUGGUCUCCGACCCUACGACAGGAUUCUCCAGGUGAACCACGUGAGGACGAGGGACUUUGACUGCUGCUUGGCGGUCCCUCUCAUCACGGAGGCUGGCGACCGACUGGAGCUGGUCAUCAGCCGCAACCCGCUGGACGGCACCGAAGACAACAACAACACUUUGGACCACCAUCCGCUGGACCUGUAGCACAGAUAUCAAUCAGGCGGGCGUGAAAUGUUGCUAAAAGACAAACCCACGGAACCUUAAAGGAACAGCCGCAUGCCCCGCCCACCAGCGCCAGGUUCUACUGCUGUCAUACAGCGUCUUUCUUCACCAAACAUGUCAGCACUGGCCACUAACUGGACCUGCCUUACGAGACCAUCACUGGGAAGACUGACCACAAUUUAGCAAACACUGAGAAGAUUCAUUCUUUUGUUGAUGUCCUCACUGUGGUCCAAACGGACGGAGUCCACGUUGCUGCUAAACUCGCACAAAAACUCAGCUGGAGGCCCGGAACCUUGUGUUUUGCACAAAAGGGGACGUUUUUCCAGCAGCACAAUAAAAGUGUCACGGCAUGGACGCAGCUAUGAUGUCAUCCACUGUCCAGAGGAAGCCACCAAUCACAGAGAGGCGGGGACUGUUCUUCUAUAAAUGGAAGUGGUCAAGCAUGGAUGACCUUUUUCUUGGCUUUUCACCUUGUUGGGGUCCCUGUGGUGCCGCCAGUAGUGAGGGGUGGGGGCCAAGUGAAACUGAUGGCUGUUUUGCUGAGUAAGUGCUUCCUGCCUUUCAGACCUUGCUUGUCUGUUAGGAAAAAAGAACUUCCAGAGCCGGGGCUCAAUCCCCCCACCCCCAGCACCCUCUCCAUUUAGUUUCAUUAGAAAAGCUUACUUCGCCUGCUGUUUUCUUUCGGAAUGUCAAAGCAGACCUCAUUAUUUGUGGAUUAGCAGUCACAUGACGGCCCCCUCCCCCAAGCACACUUGUUAAGUUAGUCACAAAGGCGAGAAACAGUGCAUGAGCACUCUUGAAAUAGUUCUGACCAUUGCCAUGUCAGCUAAACAGCAGUCUUUCGGUAAAGAUCACCAUUCCUUUUUUCCUUCACUUUGUCGGCCGUUAGUCACUCACAACCAGGGGUGCCGACAGGAAUUCUGGGCCCCGUGAAAAAAAAUCACAUUGAAACCCAACAGGCAGCUGUUGUCCCCUUAUAACGAUUUUUGUGGGAAUUGUCCGAACUUUUACCCCUGCUUACAACAUACCCUCCUGUUUUCAUUGGGAAACUACCAUAUUUUGCACUUCUUUUCGGUUGUACUCCCAUUUCAGUUUCAUAGUUACCCCUGUGUUUCCCGUAUUUUUAAAUUUCCUAAAAAAAAAAGAAAAAUGAACAUAACUAUGCCAGAGCAACACUCCUUGUAAAUUUGCUUUUCGUAAUAUUAUGACUUUACUCCAAUCCUAUUUUGACUUGUAGUCAUAAUAUUAUAACUUUUUUCCAACUAUUUAUCCGAUAAUUACAACUUUAUUUUGUUUUGUUUUUCUCAUUAUAGUACGUGUAAAAAAAAAAACAACAUCUUUAAUAUUUCAACCCAUUGCUACUAAAAUGACAUUAUUUUUCCUCAUAAUAUUACAAGCAUAUUCUCAGAAAAAAAAAUUCUCAUCCGAAAAUACAACUUUUUUCUCUUAAAAUUUGGACUCUAUUGUCAUAAAAUUACAGCUGUUUUUUUUCCAUUUCUGCUGUUUUUCCUAUUUUCCAAAUAUUUCAAAUUUCUUUUUGUAAACGUUCUUCUUCUAUGUAUGACUUCAUUGCCGCAAUAUUUUGACGUAACUCUUGUAACACAACUUUUUCCGCAACCUAAUUCUCCAAAAAAUACAACUUUAUUUUGUUUGUUUCUCAUAAUAUAACAACUUUUUUUUAAUUGUCUUUUUUUUGUUAAAUAUUUCAACUGUAUGCUACCAAAAUGACAUUAUUUUUCCUCAUAAUAGUACAUUAUAAAUUCCAUUAUAAAUUUCUUGUAAUAUUACAACUUUUUCCUCUUAAUAUUUUGACUUUAUUCUUGUAAAAUAAUUGCAGAUUUUUCCAUUUUUGCUAUUCUUAUUUUUUUAUAUUAUUUUCUUUUCUUGUUAAGUUCUAUUUUUAGAAUGUGCCGUGGGACACACUUUGGACACCCCUGGUGUAACACAUCCUGCAGAAGUCAACCUUUCGAAAUUCUUGUGGACAAUCUGAAUUUCCCUUAUUUUUCCGGAGCAUUUCCCGAAUGUCUUACAAUGCAGACCCCCACGCGCACCCCACCCUGCACAUCCACCGAUGAAAGCAGUCUGGGAGUGUGAAUAUAGUAUACAUAAAUGAAUAUUUGUUUAUGAGUAAAUAAUGGUGAGUUUUCACAAAAAGCAUGUGUGUGCGUGUGUGAGCGUAACUAAAGGGACAUUUGCACUUCAAAAAAAGAAAAAAGCACAGUGUUCGAUACAAUGGAUGGAGUGUUUUUUAUGCUAUACAGAGCUUUUGUAAAGCAACAAAAUGCUGAGAGAAAAGCCUUCCACAGUGUUGUGUUGUUGGUUUUUGUAUGUAUAUUGUGUGUGUGUGUGUGUGUGUGUGUGUGUGUGUGUGUGUGUGUGGGCCCCCCAUGCAUAUACAGUAUAAGAAAAAUGUUUUAAGCCCAAUCUGGAAAUACAAUGAAGCGGAUGCCCGCAAAUUUGUGAUUCUGAUUUUUGGUCGAAAAGAUUUUCCGCUCCCGUCCCCGAAAAGAGGCCUUUCUUCACAGAAAAUACAUCUCAUUCACCCCAAACCAUUGAUCAUUGUAAAAAAAAAACAUGAUGUAUGACAUAAUGACGUGGCGUCAGCAUAAGAUAGCAUGGCCUUUCUUUGUGUCCCUACAGUAGCAUUAGCUUCUACAGUCAACAUUCUUACAAUCCGACUUCGAAACUUGCACCGAAGUGAACACAGAUAUGAUCUUAAAUUGUUACUUUCAACGGCAAACCAUGUAGAUUAUGCCGACGCGGCCUGGAGAAACGCCUAGCCUCUAGCAGCAGCCUGACCACCAGGCUAAAGGCGACACUGUGGCUCCGAUUCCCACUGUGAUUAUUAAUGGAUUACUAGGGAUGUAAAGCUCUUUAGACGAUUAGAUUCAAACUGAUUCAAACCUACCUACACAGGUUACGAUACACAUAUUUUAAGAACAGAACGAUUCAACAGGAUUCAAUGCAGUGUACAAACAAUAUGAUUCCGGUUGUUGAUGUAGACAUUAACUUUACUUUAUUAACUAAAGAUGCCACUUAUAUGAAAGUGGCAUUCUUGUUUUCUAAUGUGUAAAAGAGCAUGUCAUAUCCCCAAGCAUGCUGUAAGGCGCUGGCACAAACAAAGUCAACAGAACAACAUGUCGAAUGUUUAUAUUGUGUGCACACAAACCAAAAAAAAGAUUUUCCUUGAAGGGAUCAAUGUAAAAUAUAACAAUGAAACAACAGAAGUCUUAGUCUUCAGUCCAAUCAAUAAUACAAAAUAAAUAAAUACUACAAAGACCCUUAAAUAAUGACGCAUUUCUUCAAAAGUGGCAAAAAUGUGUCCAAGCGAAGAUAAGUAAAUACAAUUUGUCACAUGGGUGCAAUGAAAAUGCUGUGUCAGCUUGGAAAAGUAAACAAUCCCAUACUGAAGAUGUCAUAACAAUAGUGAGUGUGUAUCAUUUCAGACUGAGCAUCGUGUUUUCAACUAACAAAGGUGCAACAUUUCAAAGUAAACAAGUUGGUCUGGCUGCUCAAAAUACAGCGGUGUGAAAAAAGUGUUUGCCCCCUUCCUGAUUUCUUUUUUUUCUUGUGUCACACUUAAAUGUUUCAGAUCAUCAAACAAAUUUAAACAUUAGUCAAUGACAACACACACUUUUUAUUAUUAAGGGAGAAAAAAAUCCAAGCCUACAUGGCCCUGUGUGAAAACGCAAUUGCCCCCUAAACCUAAUAACUGGUUGGGCCACUCUUAGCAGCAACAACUGCAUUUAAGUGUUUGUGAUCAUUUACAGCGCUGUGGGGGAAUUUUGGCCCACUCAUCUUUGCAGAAUUGCUGGAAUUCAGCCACAUUGGAGGGUUUUCAAGCAUGAAGCGUCUUUUUAAGGUCAUGCCACAGCAUCUCAAUAGGAUUCGGGUCAGGACUUUGACUAGGCCACUCCAAAGUCUUCAUUUUGUUUUUCUUCAGCCAUUCAGAGGUGGACUUGCUGGUGUGUUUUGGAUCAUUGUCCUGCUGCACAACCCAAGUUGGUUUCAGCUUGAGGUCACCAACAGAUGGCCAGACAUUCUCCUUCAGGAUUUUUUGGUAGACAGCAGAACUCAUGGUUCCAUUUAUCACAGCAAGUCUUCCAGGUCCUGAAGCAGCAAAACAGCCCCGGACCAUCACACUACCACCACCAUAUUUUACUGUUGGUAUGAUGUUCUUUUUCUGAAAUGCGGCCUUACUUUUAUGCCAGAUAUAAUGGGACACACACCUUCCAAAAAGUUCAACUUUUGUCUCGUCAGACUAGAGUAUUUUCCCAAAAGUCUUUGGGAUCGUCAAGAUGUUUUCUGGCAAAAUUGAGACAAGCCUUAAUGUUCUUUUUGUUCAGUCGUCUUGGAACUCUGCCAUGCAGGUCGUUUUUGCCCAGUGUCUUUCUUAUGGUGGAGUUAUGAACACUGACCUUAACUAAGACAGGUGAGGCCUGCAGUUCUUUGGAUGUUUAUGUGGGGUCUUUUGUGACCUCUUGGAUGAGUCGCCGCUGCGCUCUUGGGGUCAUUUUGGUUGGCCGGCCACUCCUGGGAAGAUUCACCACUCUUCCAUGUUUUCACUAUUUGUGGAAAAUGGCUUUCCCUCACUGUGGUUUGCUGGAGUCCCGAAGCUUUAGAAAUGACUUUAUAAGCUUUUCCAGACUGAUAGAUCUCAAUUAAUCUCAAUUGUGUUUUAACUGGGGUGGGGGGGCAUUUUUUUUCUCCCUUAAUAAUAAAAAGUUUCAUUUAAAAAGCGCAUUUUGUGUUCAGUUGUGUUGUCAUUGACUCAUAUUUACAUUUGUUUGAUGAUCUGAAACAUUUUAGUGUGACGAACAUGAAAAAAAAGAAAUCAGGAAGGGGUUUUGCAUCUUAAAAAUGUUUAUGCUGAUGUGCGAAACUCUUUUGCUGGGACUAUCUAGCUAGCACAGCUGCUACUAUUUGCAUCCAUUCUCGUCUUCAGUCAUGGCACGCUAUGGAGCAUGCGCAACAACUCCUUCGCCCGGCUGCCCAGGCUGUCGCGUUGUUAAAAGACUCUCCAUCAACCGAUUGCUUCUCUUGCGAUACCUGGUGCAUGCCUCCACAAUCGAUUAAUCUAAAUGUACGGCUGAUUCCUGUCAAUACAGGAGGCAGCUACCGGCUUAGCCGAAUCUCUUGCUGGUCAAAACGAAUAUCAAGUCGCAUCGAUUUAUCGUUCACAACCCUAAUUACAGAACUCACUUUUAUUGCAAAUUUUGAGCAGAAGUCACAGGAGGACGUCAAGCUAGCAGGAGCGUUUGGAGAGGGAGGAGCGUGUGGGUUAAAAAUAGACAUUUUUAUGGGCGUAUCAAUUACUCAUUUGUGCCAUUCGCUGGUGGCCUCGGAAGGUUACCCCCACAGAAAGUGGGGAUUUAUUGUAAAUUUAUAUUCCAAAAGUGAUUUCAUGUGAAAAUAAACAAAUACAAAACUUAUGUUUUGUUUAUUUGGGUUUUUUUUAUUUACUUGUAAAUGUAAAUGUUUUUUUUAAUAAAAAAAAAAUAUUCCAUGCAAUAGUCUGCUUGUGUUGAAUUUGCUCAGAUUAGAAUGAAUCACAAUGAGUUGCUUUGAUGAAAUUAUUUUUUUAAUGUUUUUAAUGAGACUUAAGUGUAAAGUCAGCAAAGCUUCUUGUAAUUCCAGAUGGAGCUUUUAAAACGAGUUAGCGUGUGCUUGUGUGUGUGUGUGUGUGUGUUUCGUGUGUAAAAGUCAUUGUAAUAUAAUAUUUUUCUACAAUGACUCUUGAAAAAUGGAAAAGAGUUGUAAAGCGCAAAAUAAAACAUGAAACUUUGUGGCUGUCAUUUUGUUUGCUACUUGAACCCACAAGAACCCGGACGAUGUGUGCGUAAAGGAAAAUGAUGACGGGGAUACCACAGAACACAUAGAAGACAUUUCUGAUGUUUAAAAAAUAAAUAAAAUGAAUUAUUGGUGCUCCUUGUGGAAAUGAAGAAGAGAAACGUCUCUCACAGGAAACGUCAGACUUAUUGACCGUCUAAGUGGCUCCAGCUGGCGUUGCACAUCACUGACUCGUCAUCAAUCAGGAGGCAAACGUUUCCCUCUGCUUUUUUGACUUAAUGGGAACGAGAAACUUGUGUGGGAAAAUGUUUUAUAUACACGCGUUCCAAACAUGUCUGACCCGUUUCCUCCAGAACACAACACAAAAUAAACCAUAACAAUAAAAGUGCACGCACCUUCAAAUCAAAGUGUUUCUAUCAGAAUGUUCCUCAGCAGACACUGUGAGGACCAGUAGUAUUUUUAAAAGUUAUUGAUAAAAAUAGUAGUUGUUGACAUUCAUUGCCAGCCCAUCAUUGUGCCAAGCGCCGGCGCUGUUAUCCACUGCGCCAUUCAAAAGCUUUGAAAAACACUGAACACUAACAGUAUACAUAACUGCCAGAUCGCUACUACAAUACAAUUAUUAACUAAGCAAGACACCCACUUAACCCUUUACCUUGAAAUACAUUGUCACCAAUACGCCUGACUUCCAUUUCUGCUGCUAACUACUAGCAUGAGUGCAUGUAAAUUGAUCAGCCAAUCAGACGGAAUUGUGCUGAUGUUAUUGUGGCUGAGAGGCGAAUCUCAAAUCUGAUUGGUUAAAGAAACAAUGCCAUGGCUCGUAGUGUUUAACUGACAUGGGCCAGCACUCCUGAUUCUGAAGGCCCUGGGCAGAUUACAGUCAUAUGGCAACACACAGAAGCUGAAAUCUGUUUGGACUGAUAAAAUUUCAUGGAACAAUUGCUAGAAUUGAAGUUGUAAAUGUAAGUCAGUGCUUCUGAUGGUGUUUAGGCCAGCAGAGAAGGCUUUGCUGGCCCUGAUGGCACACCACUGCUUAAAAGACAUUUGUGAAUGAGUCAGUAAUUAAUAUUAAAUGGUCAUUCAAGGGGUUAGAUUUGAUGUUUUGAAAGUUAAAAAAAAAACAAAAUUCAUUCACAGUAUUACUUAUUUAAACCCUUUUAUGAGUUGGACAGUGUUGGGUCUUUGAGACUUUGGUGUGAUUUCUUUUUUUUUUAACCUGUCAUUGCUCCACCAAUAAGAGUGCAUCAAAAUCAGUGUUGUAAUGAAUUAUUGAUGUAUUCAACGCUGUACUGUUAUUACCUCAUCUUAAAUAUUUCACUAAUCAUUUUUGGAAAAUAUUGCACAUUUUGUGUUUUUCCCUUAAAAACCAGGGCUUCCUUUGACAAAAAGGGCAUGCAACAUUUUUAAAAACAAUAAAAACUUCAUAUUUAUGGAUAUGUCUGAAGUUGUUGAAAUGACUCAAAGUGCUGAAAGUAAAAAAAAAAAAAAUCAUGUAUUACUUACAGUAUGUUAUCACUUUUAUGAGGGUGAGUGUUGGACCUUUAAGCGUUUGGUGUGUUUUUUUCAAAUGUCAUUGAUCCAAAAAUAAUCAAGCAUCAAAAUCAAUGUUAUUAUGAAUUAUUCACGUCUUCAACUUUGCAUAUUUUGUGUUUUGCCAUAAAAAACAGGGGUUCCUUUGACAAAAAGUAAAUAAAACAUUUCUAAAAUUCAUAAAAAGUGUAUAUCUAUGAAUAUAUCCGAUGUUGUUAAGAAGAUUUUUAGUGUUAAAAGUAAAAAAAAA